GCCCCCGGGGGAGGCGUCGCCGCCACCCCUCGGCGGAGCGCUGACAUCAGCCUUAAAAGCCAAGCGGCCGGGCGUGGGAGGCGAGAGUAAGGCGCGGCUCUGCUUAAUCCGGCGGCGCUCGCAGCUACUCUACGCGGAGGAAGAUCACAUUUUUGGAAAUCCAUCACCCAACCACCUUUACCGUCAUGGCAAACCGAGGCCCUGCUUACGGACUCAGUCGGGAGGUUCAGCAAAAGAUCGACCGACAGUAUGAUCCUGAGCUGGAACAGAUUCUCAUCCAGUGGAUCAAGGCCCAGUGUGGGCCAGACAUCGGGGAGCCUGAACCGGGCAAAGACAAUUUCCAGAAAUGGCUGAAAGAUGGCACGGUACUCUGCCGGCUCAUCAACAGCCUGUAUCCGAAGGGCCAGGGGCCCGUGGCCAAGAUCCAGUCUUUCACCAUGGCCUUCAAACAAAUGGAGCAGAUUUCUCAAUUCUUACAUGCGGCCGAGAAGUACGGCAUCCUGGCGUCGGACAUUUUCCAAACGGUGGAUUUGUGGGAAGGGAAGAACAUGGCCUGCGUUCAGAGGACCCUGAUGAACCUGGGCGGUUUGGCAGUCUCCAAAGACGAUGGCUUCUUCGUGGGAGACCCCAACUGGUUCCCCAAGAAAUCGCAGGAGAACCGCCGAGCCUUUUCGGACAACCAACUCCGAGAGGGACAGAACGUCAUCGGGCUGCAGAUGGGGACGAACCGAGGGGCUUCCCAGGCGGGCAUGACGGGCUACGGGAUGCCCCGCCAGAUCCUUUGAGAUCCCGGCCAUCCCGGCCUUCCCCUUCGCCUCCUCCAAUAUCUUCCUUUCUUUUCUGUUCUUUUUGUUUUUUCCAGAGAACUUUCCGAGUUUCUUUUCCAAGAAACAAUCCUUUGGGAUUCUUCCUUUUUUUUUUUCCUCCAGAUUCCUUUUGACCAUUUUUUAAAUAUGACAACAAAAAUUCCUCUAGGGUUUAUUCGGUCGUAUCUCCCCAUUCCUGCUUUUCCUGCCUCAGCCGAGAAUUACUUUCUCCCCUGCCUUUCCAUCGUCUCACGACCCUUCAUUUCUCCAAGGAUGCCCAAAUCUUGAGAUAUAUAUAUAUAUAUUCUCCCCACACACCCUUUUCCAUCCAUUCGGGACCAAUUCUUCUCCCAUCUUGCCUGCCUUUCUCCAAACCUCCGAAAAAGCACUUUCUUUGGAACCAAAACCCAGGGUCGCACUUUUCUUCUGGACCAAAAUUAUUUUCUAAAAAAGAAAGUCUUAUCUAAAGUUUCAGGGGACUUGUUUUGCUUCAUUCCAAAAUACCCAUUAGAUGCUCUUUAGAUGGUGAGCUGCACUCCUGCGUUUCUUCAUUUGGGGUGAAUUUUUGAGGGUCCUGCACUCACGCCCACCCCAAUCUGAAAAAAAAAAUAGGUGAUUCAUUCCUUUCUCCCAAAAGUAACCCCUGGGGAUCUGGGUUGUUGGAAGACCCCUAUCUGGGUUCAUCUUUUUGAGGAGGGGGGUGUUAAGAGGGGACACAACCGUGCAGCUGAGUCUGCUGUCAUCUGUUUAUCUUGCAAAAAAAAAAAAAAAAAUCCUUAAAUCAGUCAAGGAGGAGAAGAGGGGGGAAGACCAGCCUUGGGGUACCCAGAUCCAUGGUGCUGCCUUGCCUGUAUUCACCCUCCACCGUUCGGCCCAGGUGUUUUGGUCUUGGCCUUCGGGUGUUUUGUGGCAAAGCCAGAAGUGACCUUUGAAACGGGCGUGGAAAGUAUUCUGCCUCAAGGCUCUUGAUAAAGAAAUAAAGAUUGCUCAAUUCUUUUGUUUAUGA